CCCCGAUCCAAUAUUUUCUUUCCCAACACCACCAGCACCAAAGACAUGGCAUGAGACUCAAUACGAUGAAAUGAAUCGCAUUACCCACUCCUUCUCCUCUUUCUCCGUCUCUUCCUCCCUCCUCCUCCCCCUCCCUCUCAACCGCCCCCUCAGCACCUUCACAUCGCGCCUCUUCAAGCUCCCACCACCACCACCGCAACCCCCCAGCGCAACACACCACAACCUGCCCACUUUCCUCGCCCACGCCUCUCGCACCGCCCUCCCCUCCACCGCAACCAUCUACAUCGGCACCCACUACGAAUACACCGUCCAACACACCCUCCGCAACUCCUCCUUCCACCUGCACCGCACUGGCGGGCGCUCCGACUCGGGCAUCGACCUGCUGGGAACCUGGCAUCUACCAGGCCACGAGCACCCGCUCCGCGUCAUCGUACAAUGCAAAGCGCUCAAGACAAAGCUCGGCCCGAACCUCGUCCGCGAACUCGAGGGGACACUUCGACGACACGCGCCGGUUGGAUGGCGCACUGGAUCUCAGGUCGGCGUGCUGGUUAGUACGCGGGACGCGACGAAGGGCGUGCGCGAGGCCCUGGCCAGGAGCGAGCAUCCGUGUCUGUGGAUGAUGGUUACGCAUGGGGGUGUGCUAAGGCAGGUCCUUUGGAAUAGGAGGGUGGAGGAGUUGGGUGUUGCUGGGGGGUUGGGGGUCGAGGUGAGGUAUUCUUCUCCUUCUGCUUCUUCUUCGCCUUCUCCUGGGGGUGAUGGGGAGGGUAGUGAGGUGGGGAAGGAGGUUGUGCUGACGUGGGAUGGGGAGGAGAUGGAGCAUAUGGAUUCGGUGGAGGAGAGGAUGGAGCGGUUGGAGGAGCGGUGGAUGGAGGUUUGGGGGUUGAAUGGGGAGAGUGGCAGGAAGUAUACCCGGGUGGAUGUGCUUGAGGCCAUCGAGCAGCUCUAUCCGGCGGAGAAACCGCUGCUUUAUGGGAAAGGGGGGCCUUGUGCGCUGUCGGGGGAUGAGAAGGCGGAGGUGCUGCAGUUGUUGGAUUCGAGGUCGCAGCCCCGUGUACAGGCGGGGGCAAGUCGUUAACUCCUCACGGACCGACGAUGUAUUAUAGUGUAACAUAUCAUGUAUAAUAAUCCAUUGCUAGAGAAGGGUAUAUGUAGACAAUCGAG